CAGUUGGCCAAAAGUCCACCUUGUUAUUUGCCCUGUAAUCAAAACGUGAAACAUGGAUGAGCCAAAACAGGAAAGGCAUAGUUAUGGCUGAAAGCACAGGGCGGCCCCAGCUAUGUUCCCCUACAGAUGCUCCCACAGAAUGACAUAUGUAGGGGGAAUGGCUGAAGCUGCUCACGCACGCAAGGAGCUGUCUUACCGCCCUGGUGCUGAUUAUUAUGACUCGCACAUAACACACACACCUGGCGCUGCGGAAAGCCUGGCUCUCCUACACCCCCUCCAGAUAACAGCUGCCCUUAUCAGAAGAAUGGAAGGAGACGCGCAGGCCGAGGGAUGACAGAGAUGCUGCAGUAACAGAAGGGGAGGAGAGGCUGUUCGGUUCCACACUAGCACGCCAUGCUCUGGUCGCAAACUGCGCAUAGGCCUUUCUCCCGUUAUUCUUGUAUCCUGCCGCGGCAGAGCCCUCUUCGGAAACAAUGAGGCUCCAGUGAUAUCUGUGAGGCCUUUCCUUAGAGACGAGUGUUUUGGGAUAUCGCAGCUUACACCGUGAGAGUUGUCUUGUGGCCAUUAUGCUCUUUCUGUUUCCAGUUGGCCUAAGGUACCCUGUACUGGCUCUCCGGCCACAUAUCCCUUGCAUCGCCUUAUUUGCCUUUCUCUGCUUCUCAAUGGGAGACUGUAGGAAGGGGUCAUCGGAAUCGCCUGCUCCUCAGCUGAGCGAUCUCAGGUCCCAGAUCACUGGGGUAGAGGAGUUGCUGGAAGAAUUCCGGAAGCAGCUACAGCAGCAGAAGCACCAAGAGCUGCCUGAAAAGCAGAGACAGCGGCCGCUUCCAGUUCAGGAAGAAGAGAAAGAAUGGAGCAGCGAACACAAGCUGCCUAUAAAUGCUAACCAAAGGGAUGCAGAAGAAGAGGACGCCAUGCAGCAGCAGCUUCAAGAAGUGGGCGUAAGACCAGGAGGGGAAUUUGGAGAGGAUUUUUGCAACUUCAACCAGAUGGAAGAACAUAUCAUCCGCACCAAGGACUCGCUGGAGGCAGGCGCUACCUUCCUAAAGGCCCCGGCCGAGGUAUCCAGCUGGAAGCAGUGCCUAGAAGUGUGCUGUGCCGAGACGCGCUGCUCUGCAGCUGUGGUGGAACACUCAGGACGAGGCCUUAGCUGCUUUCUCUUCGAUUGCACUCUUCGUGGGCGCAGCGUGUGCCAGUUCUCCCCUCACAGGGACUAUAGCAGCUACACCCUGACCGGUCGUAAUGCUACAUCAGGCUGGGCACUUAGGAGUCCCCUGCACCUACUGACUAAACAGCACGAAAAUGAUGAGCCUCCUCAUAGCAAUGCAGGACAAGAUGUGGUACUUCAGCUGCCGGUCGACUGGGUGAUUCUUGAUGGGCGUGAAAGCAGUGAUGACCAUGCCAUCAUUCGAUAUGAUUGGACUUUGCUUCUUGGUGAUCCACUAGUUCAGAUGAAGGUUCCUCAGCCAGGAACUCUAAAAUUGUCUAAUUUACAAGAAGGGGUCUAUAAUUUGCAGUUGACUGUGACUGACACAUCAGGUCAGAAGAGCUCUGACAAUGUUUCUGUCAGUGUCCUUGCUGAGGAACGUCAUGGAACAGACUGUACAGGAACAUGCUCUCGCUACCAGUUCAUCUGUGAUGAUGGCUGCUGUAUUGAUAUUACAUUGGCCUGUGAUCGAGUGAUCCAGUGUCCCGAUGGUUCUGAUGAAGCUUUCUGUCAAAACUUUAACUCUGGACGAAAGACUGUGAUUCAUAUUUCUGAAAGCACAGACAAGCAAACAGGAACAGGAAACUACUUUCCAACAGAAAUAGUCAGAACUGCUGAGAGAAAAAUGUCAUUGUCACUGGACAAGGGAAAAAAUUACUCACUUACUCAGGAACUACAUCACAAUAUGCUCAUUCAAGAUCUUUUUAUAGACACUGAUCCAUCUGAGUCAGACAAAGAUGAUGAGGGCAGGGACAGCUUCUUAAACCAUAAAGACAUUCCACAAGGAAGCGGGCAUCCAGUCCCAGAGACAGGAGCAAUCUUGCCACUUGCGCUUGGUUUAGCAAUCACUGCCCUUCUAUUGUUGAUGGUGGUGUGCCGUCUUCAGCUGGUGAAACAAAAACUUAAAAAAGCCCGCCCACUGACAUCAGAAGAGUCAGACUAUCUCAUUAAUGGCAUGUAUCUGUAGUGUUAUAGGGCAUGCCUCCUUUUUUCCUCUAUUCCAUACAAAUGACUCAUUAAAUUAUUCUUCAUCUACUAUGACUCAAGAAAUUAUGCUUGUAAUAAUAAAAUGGAACAAACCGAAUGUAGAUACCAGUAAGUUUUGCCGUGCUUUUUAUUGGUUUAUGAUAUAUGUAUAAACCCCAUAUUUUUCUGUAGUGCUUUAUAAUUCAGGGAACAAUUAUCCAGACUGUAACUAUUUGGGACAAAAAAUCUUUGUACCAAAGGAAAGACCUUAAAAACUUUAUGAUAUAUAUAUGUUAUUUUCAUUUGAACUCAUUAAGCUGUCUGUCUGUAUUCUUGGCAUUCCUAAGAAGUGUUUCCUUUAUUGUUUGCUGGCAAAAUAAUACCUUAUUGCAGAAUUUCAAACAUUAUUUCUCAAUAAGCUUGGAGUUAGUUGCAGUCUUUGGGGUGGUAAAUCAUAUUUUAAAGUAACAUACUACUGAUAACAAAGUGCACAAUAAUGUUCUCAAUUAAAGGAUACUGACACCUUG